GGAAGAGCUGGGCUGGGGCCCAGCAGGUGUGGGGUUAAGGCAGCCAGUCCCGGGCCCCAGGAACAGCAGCGGCAGCGGCAACUGCACCAGCAGUGGCGGGGGCAGACCUGGCCCCGGGCCAGCUGGCUGGGAGCCCCAGGAGCGAGAAAGGGCGGAGGAAGGGGAGGAAGAGGGGAAAGAGAAGGAGGAGGAGAGGAGCAGUCAGCAGGCCCGAGGAGGCAGGACUUCCGGGCGUGGGGGUUGUCAACAGCCCCGAAAGAGAAAGACCGAGAGGAGCGGAGAGAGACCCAGCGGUGCCACGCGGGAGGAGACCUGGGAGAGCCACUCGCCGCGACGACCACCGAGGCGGCUCCACCUGCAGGAUCGGGGGUUAAGCCGCCCCCUCCCGUAUCGGUCCGCAGACCCUUGGGGCUUCGGAGGCUGCGCCUGGGCUCCGCCUGGGCUCCGCCAAGGAGGCGGGGGUUCCUUCUUUUCUGGACAGCAAACUUUCCGCGGAGAUGCCUUGCGGGGCGAGGUGCGGCCCCCGAAGAGGACCGGCCAGCCUCUGAUUGCCGCCUGCGCCCCCGAGCUGCUGGGGCCAGGAGGCCCCGGGGAAGGGACAACCCAACAUCUUAGGCGGCUGGGACCCCCGGCCCAGCUCGGUGGCCGCGGCCGAGAGUUUGCAAACUCAGCUCUGGAGUUCGGCGGUGGCAGCCACAGCAGCAGGAAAAACCUGCCCCUGCCCCCCCAGCUCCCGCCGCCUCCCCUACCCUGUUCUCCCUUCACCAACCAGACACCCCUAGUUCCCGUAAGGCCCUCCUGCCAUGUCGGACCCAGACGUCCCCAGGGGCCCUGAUGUCCCCACCAUGUGGCCCCCCUGUUCCAGGGGUGCCUGAGCCCCUCGAAGAGCCACCACCGCCCCCCUGCCCACCUUGGCCCAGUCCUGAGCUCCAGGGACCAUGAGUGGGGGCAAGAAGAAGAGUAGUUUCCAAAUCACCAGCGUCACCACGGACUACGAGGGUCCGGGGAGCCCAGGGGGUCCAGAUACCCCUGCCCUGCCGGCCCCCACUGGGCCCCCGCCCCGCCUGCCCAAUGAGGAGCCCAACCCCGAGCCAGGGGGCAAGGGCACCCCCCGGAAUGGCUCCCCACCGCCUGGGGCCCCCGCCUCCCGUUUCCGGGUGGUGAAGCUGCCCCAAGGCCUGGGAGAGCCUUAUCGCCGAGGCCGUUGGACAUGUGUGGAUGUUUACGAGAGAGAUCUGGAGCCCCCUAGCUUUGGCCGGCUCCUGGAAGGGAUUCGAGGGGCCUCAGGGGGCAACGGGGGCAGGUCUUUGGAUUCCAGGUUGGAGCUGGCCAGCUUGGGCCUGGCUGCCCCUGCCCCACAGGCAGGCCUGUCUCGGGGCCCCACCUCGUGGCUCCGCCCGCCCCCCACCUCCCCGGGACCUCAGGCCCGCUCCUUCACCGGGGGGCUGGGCCAGCUGGCAGUGCCCGGCAAGGCCAAGUUGGAGACAACCCCCCUGUCAGCCUCCCCGCCCCAGCAGCGUCCCCCAGAGGCCGGGACAGGGGGUAGCGCUGGCACUUCCCGGGCUGCCACGCCCCUGCCCUCUUUGAGGGUAGAAGUGGAGGCAGGGGGCUCAACAGCGGGGACCCCUCCACCGUCCCGUGCGAAGGAUGGAGCUCUGCGGCUGAGGAUGGAGUUGGUUGCUCCAGAGGAGAUGGGGCAGGUGCCCCCACUCGACUCUCACCCCAGCUCCCCAGCCCUCUACUUCUUCCCCGAUGCCAGUCUGGUUCACAAGUCUCCAGACCCCUUUGGAACAGCGGCUGCCCAGAGCCUCAGCUUCGCCCGCUCCAUGCUGGCCAUCAGUGGCCACCUGGACAGCGAUGACGAUAGUGGCUCCGGAAGCCUGGUUGGCAUUGACAACAAGAUCGAACAAGCCAUGGACUUGGUGAAGUCCCACCUCAUGUUUGCGGUCCGGGAGGAGGUGGAGGUGCUGAAGGAGCAGAUUCGGGACCUGGCCGAGCGGAAUGCCGCGCUGGAGCAGGAGAAUGGACUGCUGCGUGCCUUGGCCAGCCCCGAGCAGCUGGCCCAGCUGCCUUCCUCGGGGGUCCCGCGGCUGGGGCCCCCAGCGCCCAAUGGGCCCUCAGUCUGAGCCUCCCUUCCUUCACAAUGUGCCUUUGGGGGCCGCCACAGCUGCUAGGCCUUGAGCCAGCUGCCUGCCCCCUCUUCCUAUGCAGCUUUAAUGCCCCCUGAUCCCCGGGGAUGGGAGUUGAAGGCUCAGAAGUGGCCUGUCCCCCGCCCUUCCUUGAUCUCCCCAUAGUGCCCAGAGACUGGGCUGGGGCAUCCCUAGACAUUGAUGGAGGAGGGAGGGCAUCAGGGCAGGGUGUUAGAUGGAGCCCCCCCCCUCCUCCCUCCCUAGGGGUCAGUGUUCUGGGACCCCGCCGGCAAUAGAUGGCUUGGGGGUGUUGGAGGCUGCCUGGCAGACAUCCCCACCUUGUUCCCUGGAGUGCCCCCCUCUCCUCUGCCCAGGGGAGGGAGUACAGAAAGUAUCUGGAAGUUCUGGGAUUCAGGUUGUUGUUAAAAUAAUAAUUAUAAUUAAAAAAUCCGAAGAAACUUGAA